AUGGGUUCACCGGGCAAACCCCCGAUCUUCGAUGGAUCCGAUUACGACUAUUGGAAGGUGCGCAUGCGUGCCUAUCUUUUGAGUCUAGGUUCCGAGGUCUGGGAGAUUUGCGUGGACCCUGAUUAUGUGAACCUUGCGGUCCGCACGACCGAGCUUCAGGUCUGGGAGGUGAAGGUUCAGACUAUCAUAGAGUCUGCUAGCUAUGAGACCCUCACCGUGGAUAAGCUGUUCAAUGAGCAGUUGGAGGUGCUUGGGAACGAGGAGCUUGCAUUGAUCAUCCACAAGUUCCAGCGUGCCUUCAACAACAGACAAGCACGAGCGAAGACUUGUUUCAACUGUGGCAAGACCAGCCACUUCGCCGCCGAGUGCCCCAAGAAGAAGAGUUCCAGGGAUGAUGACGAUCGCUCCAGGCACGAGGAGUACCGCGAGCACCGCCACAAGCACAAGAGUGGGCACUCCCACAAGAAGAAUGGCGGACGCUCCAAGCGGCACCACGAGCGGAAGAAGAAGAACGUCGGCAAGUACAAGAGCAAGCAGGCGUUCGUCGCCCAGAGUGAGGAUCACUCCUCCACCAGUCAGAGCUCGAUGUCUUCAUCUUCAUCCAGCUCCAGCGACUCCGACUCACACCACCGCGAUGAGAAGAAGCGGAGCACCAAGAAGAUGGCCACGGAAGGCUUCACUGGCCUUUGCCUCCACACUGGGAAGGCGGCCGGUUUCUGCACCAUGGCCAUCGACUCCGACGCCGACGGAACUCCUCCCACCACUGCAGAGCCUGCACCUCAGCCAGAGCCAAGCUCUGAGGUACGUCCUGAGCACCCCACUCCUGAGGAGUUGGAGGAUCUUUACACUGCUCCAGAUAAUCAGGACUUGAUCAUUAAGGAUGCUAAGAGGCAGUUUAGAGCUUUGAGACAGGAGCUGAAGGAAGUUAAACUAGCUUUAGAGAUUGCUCAGUCUGCCCCUAUUGUGGAGGAUUGUGUUGAGGAGGAUGAGUGCAGUCAGUGCAUCGGAUUGAUGUCUGACCUUUCCGAGCUCAGGAGCAAGUAUGAUGAGAACUUGCUCAAGCUCGAGGAGGGCAAGAAGGCCUUGGACGAGCUCAAGUCCCGGCCUACCCUCUUGGGUGCUUGUAAGGAAUGCCCAGUGCUUAGAGAAGAGCUUAAGGAGAAGAAUGCUGCUUUGAGGAAGUUGGAGAAAUCCGCAGUUCCUAGCUCUUGCUCUGCUGAUUGUACUGUGUGCCCAAGCCUGAUCUCUGAGCUUGAGGAGGCACGGAAGGACAAGACCCGGAUGGAGGAGGAGAAUUCCCAUCUUCGGGAGAUUCUCAGUUGGGUGUCCGCCCGCGAGCCUCAGUUGGGCAUGAUGGUUCAGCAGUUUAAGCGUCCUGAUGGUGUUGGGGUUGGUUUUGCUUUUACUCCUGCUGAUUUUGUCCAACCCUAUGGCAAGAUUGGUAAGAUGCUUGAGCCGAGUGUGAGUGCGCUUUCUUCUUCCACAGCUCCACCAAUUCCUAAGCCAGCACCAGUUAAGGAUGGAAUCCUCACUGAGCCACCCAAAGCUCCACCUAACAAUUCAGUGUGGGUUCCCAAGCCUAACCAUCUCAGGAACCGACUGGAUACACUCCCUCCUAGUGGUAAGCCAAUUCCUAAGCCCAAGGUGAGGACUCAGCCCUCCAGAGUACCUCAGAGAGCCCCAGCACCUACACCACAGCCUACACACAAGAGAGAGCCUUACCAGUGUGAGUGGUGCGAAAAGGAGGGUCACUUGGCAGAAUUUUGCUUCCGGAGGUUGAGGUUUGAGCGCAGGUAGUCUGAGAGGCGCGCUCCGGAGGUGUUCCACCAGCCUACAGGUGGACACACUCCAGCUCGACGUGGGCAGAGGCGGGAUGCCAGGCCACAUCAUGUAGGUGGAGGAGGGGGAGGCGGUGGUGGUUACUGUGCUCCUGUUGGUGGUUUCGCCAGCCCUGUUCCACACCGUGCUUUCGGUGAUGGUCAGCGUGGCCGAAGCUUUGGUGGCGGAGGCGCACCACGUUUUCCUCAGCGUGGUGGUCGCCAGCCACAGUUUUCGUUUAAGGAUACUUACCCUGCUUUCGAGCAGAUGGCACGACACUGGUUUGCUUCUUUCUGUGCUAACCCCAGUGUCGGGCCAUUUGCCCGCUCUUUCUCUUCUUACUGAGCAGGACACUCGAGGCCUGGAGGACAUAUGUCUCAUGGGCUCCGGUUGUUCGCGCCACAUGACCGGAAGUCACAGAUGGUUCUCCAACCUCACCCCGAUGAAGGACAAAGAGUACAUCACCUUCGGGGAUAACAGCAGAGGAAAGAUGCUUUGUUCUGAAGGAGGGAAAUCUUGAUAAGUUCGAGUCUAGGAGCUCUGAUGGCAUUCUGCUUUGCUAUGCUCUUCAAUCUAGA